AUUGGAUAAGUGAUGUGGAGGAUGCGUCCUGGUUGAAACACCAAAAAGCUUUGAUAAUUGGCUAAAAGGGGGCCAAGAAGACUAUGAAAAGGAGGUGACUGGGAAAUGUUUCAUGGAUUGUCUCGACCUCAGCUGGGGAGCCACACAUGAUGAUCACUACAGACCAGGCAAAGACAGAUGGAGAGAAGAUGCUCUCCCGGGCCAAGCCGGCCGUGGGGGGCGCCCCGCCGCAGGGCGACAAACGGAAGAAGAAAGGCAAGAAAGUCCCGCAGCUGGAGGAGCUGCUGGCCCAGAGGGACUUCACCGGCGCCAUCGCCCUGCUGGAGUUUAAACGGCAUGUGGGGGAACAAGAUGAGGACACUGACCUCUGGAUUGGAUACAGCGCCUUUCACCUGGGGGACUACAAGAGAGCAUUGGAGGAAUAUGAGGCUUUGACCAAGCAACCAGGUUGCAACCCUGAUGUCUGGGUGAACCUAGCAUGCACUUACUUCCUCUUGGGGAUGUAUACACAAGCUGAACAGGCAGGCUUGAAAGCACCUAAAAGUCGACUCCAGAAUCGUCUGCUCUUUCAUCUAGCACAUAAGUUCAGUGAUGAAAAGAAAUUGAUGAGCUUCCACCAGAAUUUGCAGGACAUCACAGAAGAUCAGCUUAGUCUGGCAUCUAUCCACUAUAUGCGGUCCCACUACCAAGAGGCUAUUGAUAUCUACAAACGCAUACUGCUUGAUAACCGGGAAUACCUGGCUCUCAACGUAUAUGUGGCUUUAUGUUACUACAAACUGGAUUACUAUGAUGUUUCACAAGAGGUGCUGGCUGUUUACCUUCAGCAAGUUCCUGACAGCACCAUAGCUCUUAACCUCAAGGCUUGUAACCACUUCCGUCUUUACAAUGGCAAGGCUGCUGAGGCAGAACUCAAGAGUCUGAUGGACAAUGCCUCGUCAUCUUUUGAGUUUGCUAAGGAGCUCAUUAAGCACAAUCUGGUUGUAUUCCGAGGUGGGGAAGGGGCUCUGCAGGUUCUGCCACCCCUGGUUGAUGUUAUUCCUGAAGCCAGAUUGAACCUGGUGAUUUACUAUCUCCGUCAAGAUGAUGUGCAGGAGGCUUAUAACCUGAUUAAGGACCUGGAACCUACAACUCCACAGGAGUACAUACUCAAAGGAGUGGUGAAUGCAGCCCUUGGACAGGAAAUGGGCUCAAGGGAUCAUCUGAAAAUUGCUCAACAGUUCUUCCAGCUUGUGGGAGGAUCAGCCAGUGAAUGUGAUACAAUCCCAGGGAGACAGUGCAUGGCCUCCUGCUUCUUUCUGCUCAGACAAUUUGAUGAUGUCCUGAUUUACCUCAACUCAGUCAAGAGUUAUUUCUACAAUGAUGACACUUUUAACUUUAACUACGCCCAAGCCAAAGCUGCCACUGGCAAUACCAGCGAGGGUGAGGAGGUGUUCCUCUUGAUCCAGAGUGAGAAGAUAAAGAAUGAUUAUGUUUACCUUAGCUGGCUGGCUCGUUGCUAUAUCAUGAAUAAGAAGCCUCGACUGGCCUGGGAGCUCUACCUGAAGAUGGAAACCUCAGGAGAGUCCUUCAGUCUCUUGCAACUCAUUGCAAAUGACUGCUACAAGAUGGGCCAGUUUUACUAUUCAGCCAAAGCCUUUGAUGUUCUGGAGAGACUGGACCCUAACCCUGAAUACUGGGAAGGCAAGAGGGGUGCCUGUGUGGGCAUCUUCCAAAUGAUCUUAGCUGGCCGAGAACCCAAAGAGACACUGCGGGAAGUGCUACAUCUCCUACGGAGUACUGGUAACCCUCAGGUAGAGUAUAUCAUUCGCAUCAUGAAGAAGUGGGCCAAAGAGAACAGAGUGCCUGUCUAAGACAGCAUCACCAAGAAAACCAGGUCAGAUGCCAUCUUUUUGUGCAUAGCGGAGGGCAUGGAGUCCAGCCCUCCCACCCCACACACAUCUUCCUUGUAGUCUUCGUUUAGGGCUGGCCUCUCAUCAAACAUUAAAGAGACUGCCAAACUCUCAGAUGGAGCAAAAAGAGUACUGGAGUUGGACUGCACAAAAUUUCAAUGAUUUUGGUAUGAAGGAUUUCUUUUGGACAGAAGGGGUUUGAAUUCCAUGCUCUUCUCACCUAGAUCCGAGUGGCGUUUUUUCUGUUCUACAGCAAUCCCAGUGUCUAGUUCAAGGGUUCUCAACCUUUUUCAUAUUUUGAUUCCAAUGUUCAGCAACUCAAACUGCCCCUCACAGGCACUCCAGACUCCUUUGCACCAGCUCCCACAGUACUGCAUAAGAUGUACUGUGGCAAUUUGAGAGGUUUACAUUUUAAAAUAGUUCUCCUGGCCUUCAAAGAAGAACUCAGCAAAUCUGCUUCAGCACAAGAGUGGUGAUGGCAAAUGGAAGAAGGAUUGUGUUAUCUUAGCAACUGACUUACUAUUAACAGUUAACAUGUUUUUAAUAUUCCUGGCCUACUGCAGGGUGGAACACACCACAUCCUGAGCAACAUCCAUUUUGAGAUGGAUCCUACUGACCAAUUUAUAACCUCUUUAUCUCUUUCCUUUUUGUCCAAAAGGAUUUGCUAUCCCUUGGCCAAAGUCAGAUUAAUUCUGAACAUGAAGCUAAUCAACCACAAAAGCAGGGCCCCAGAAUUGCUUACUUAUUUUCAAGGAGGAUAGUUACAAGAUUUGGGGGAUUGCUUUUCAAAGCAUGAGGUUCUGAUUGGCUGAGCUGUUUCUUGCUAUAGAGUCUGAUCCUGCAAACAUUUGUGCAUGUUAGUAAAUUUGCUCAUGUGAAUUGUCCCACCAGUUUACCUCUCGCAUCAAUAAAGUUAUUCAUGUAUGUUUACAGGAUCAGGCCCUUCACCAGUCACUACCUUAGACAGCAAUAUGUUGUGCGUUUGCUUGACAGUUUUGCCCAGCAAAUACUCUGCUGUGUUUCAAGGUGGUCUGGAAAGGGAAUUGGGGAGAAUCCUUUUCAGAAUAGACCACUUAAUCCUAAAGGAGAUGAAAUUCUAAGAAGAUGCACAAUGGAUAUGAUAUAGAAAUGAAUUGUAGAGCUUACAGUACAUAAUAUCUGUACAUUAUUUGUAAAGGAAAAAUUACUUAACUUAUAAAGUAUUUUUGUACCUUGUGACAAGAUAUUUCAUUGAACACUAUGAUGUUUGUACCUUGAUUAAA